AUGCGCCGCCUCGGCCUCGCGACACCGCAUUCGGAUUCCUACUUUUCAAGCGAUUUCAAGCUCGAAUCUUUUGUUGUCAAAUACUUUCCCCACUGGUCUUCUGGUUCAGCCACGGAUGCACACAAAGAUCUAGCCACCCAUCCGACCAUCCAUGAGCUGGCCAUCGACCACAACAUAUGCAUGAGAACUAACUCCGACCUCGUGACACAGUACCCUUGGUCGCAGUUGACGAGCCUCGUUAUUCUUGAGCGCCUCUCCCUCGAUCAAUUUCAACAUCUACUCAGGGGUUGCUUCCAACUUCGAAAUGGCGUUUUUCAUCUUUUCUCUGACCUACGCGACGAAGAAUUCGACAUGAUGGCAACAGGCGACAAACCCUCUGUGCAUGCGACUCUCCAAGAUCUAUUCAUCGAUGCAGGGUGGGUCCAGCAUCCUAGGUAUCGAUAUCCAGGCGCACAGGCUACAAAGACGGCGUUGGUCGCACCGAGUGUUCUCCAGCUGCACCGAUUCCCUGCCAUGAAGACUCUUACGAUUCGAUCCGACGAUGACGUCGGCUACGAAUAUCAUGCUUUCGAUAGACCGCUCGUUUUUGAACAAUUCGAAGCGCUACAAGAGCUCACUUUAACAGGAAAAUGGGGAGACUCCCUUCCAUGCGCGCAGGACUUAAUGAAAUCAUGCCCCAACGUUCGUCGGCUCGUCUUCGAGCCAUCCAAGUCCCAGCACAGCAUCGACCUUCUCGAUUUCCUCGCAUUGAAUCUCAUGUUCCUUCCCCGCCUUUCGACCUUUGUGCUACACCUUCGUGACGGCUACGAGGAGACUGAUGACGAAGAGAGCGACAGCUCCGGUCCAAUAAAACAUAGCCGGCAAAUUUGCGAUGCGGUCCUCAAUAACGUCGUCAAUAUGGUGCAGGCACGCUGCUCGACCUCUAUUCGGCCUGAGAUGCGACUACGAGAACUCCGGAUAUCCUUUCAACUACUAGCUUUCAGGAAGGCAUCUAAACGGCGGGAGGAUGAAUUUCGUCAGACGUUGACCGCGUAUAUCGCUGCCUGA